CACAUUCUUUCUUACAUACCACUUUCCACAAACAUGUUGGCCUUCAACCUGCUCACCGCUCUUUCUUCUGUCGCGAUCUUCGCUUCUGCGGCUCCACCGCCUUUCCCCGCCUUGCCCAAGCUCGCUCAAUGCGACACUUCGGCUGCCAAAAUGGACUUACCUGCUGGCCAAACCGCCCUCGUUGCCCCGGCUGAGGCACCUAAAUUCGUGACCAUCGGUGUUGGUAUCCAAAACUACACCUGCUCGGCUGCGACCUCCAAGUACACCUCAAUUGGCGCUGUCGCGUCGAUCUUCGACAUUUCAUGCCUUGCCAAGACCCCUGCGCUCUUCAAGAACGUCGACAGCAUGGCCCUGAAGAUGUGGAAGGCUGCACCCGCCAGCGUUGCUGCCGCGACGCUCGGUGACAAGAUCGGUGCCCCUAUCCAACUCGGCCACCACUACUUCGUCCCCUCCCCCUCGGGCACGGGCAUCUCGCCCAAGUGGGACUUCAAGUCCGGCCAAUUCGUUGUGGCCGCCAAGCUUGCCAACAUCCCUGCACCCGCCGACCCUGCGACCAACGUCGACUGGCUCGUGCUUAACAGCGUUCAGGGCGACCUUGCCUCGAAGGUCUUCCGCGUCGACACCGCCGGUGGCCAGCCCCCAUCCUCUUGCACUCCGGGAUCGCCCGACAUCCAGGUCAAGUACACCGCCAAGUACUUCCUCUACUGA